AUGAAUUACACACUUUUACGAUUGUACAUCAUGGCAUUCUACAGCUUCUUAUACGCACCGCUAGUAAUGUCGGUUCCGAGAUUCGACUUGCUUGGCUUCUCUUUCGGCAGUUUUUAUACGUACACUUUUCUGGCCAGCAUGAUCGUCCGAGACAUCGACUGUUUCUCAAGCACAGUUGUCCUUGAUUACAUCAUUCUUCAGUACAUAGGCUGGCUGAUCCUCUGCUUGACGCAGUCAUACGCGAACAUGGUCUUCUGGUUCAACUGCUUCGAACGACGAGUAGAACGGAGACUCUCCUGGCUAAGCAUUUCCUCGAUUCACUCCGAAGUCCGAAAACAACAUGGGAUCACUGCCUGGUUUCUUGGAAAAGUAGAUAAUUGGACAGCAAAGGCAAAGGCCACUUUUGUCGGUCGAUUUCAAGACAGCUACGAUUACAAAUACGUCCAGAGCUUGUUCAGAAAGCCUUCUGAUGAAGAAUACGAGCCGAAAAAUUGCUGUUGUAAAUACUGGUGCUGCUGUUGUGCGGAAGAAAUCAUCUGCGGAUAUUUUGGAUUGGUGAUCAUGUUCUUUGCGAUCAAUCAGUCAAUCAUUCCGUUUUUGACGAAUAUCAGUCAGAGCUCAGAGAACAUGUAUGCAGUGGCUAGCUUUAUCGAACCACAAAGCAUUUUCAACGAAACAGCGAUGAAGAUGUACGUCGACUGCGCUGAUCAGUACAUCAAAGCGUUUACAUAUUCGUUCACGGCAUCAUCUGCUCUCGCCACGGCAUUUACCUGGUGGUCAACUUGGAGUUUCUUAAACAAUCACAAGAGACAGUUUCUUGCUCUCAGACAAGGAAAACUCAAAAUUCCAGAAGAUUGUACCCCACAACUGCAGCUGACAGGUUCUUUAAAGUUUCAAGCCUAUCAAGCUGCCAACUUGACCUGGGGAUAUGCAGUUCAACUCUUUGCUUUUUGGCUGAUAAUGUUGCUUGUUGCAUGGCUAGUUUGGAUUCCUGUGACUUUUCCGAUUGUUCCAAUAAGAGAAUUUUGGGUGUACAUUCUCUUCGUGUACAUUCAAAGUUUCUUUUGGAUCUUUGUUGUUCUCAUUUUGCAGUGGAUUCUGGCGAAAUACAUCGUUCUUCAAGACCCGGAAAUAGAUGCUUCUAUUGACAACAGAGUUUAUAAUAUUUCUUCUUAUCUUUUCUAUUUCAAUAACAUGUUCAUCGGAUGGAGUUCGUUGCUGCUACGACUUGGGCACGGAAUUCUUUUCGGACUUCUGGCUAUUCAACGUAUGGAUGUUCCAUCUCUUCCUUGCCAUACAGAAGCGUGGGAUGCAGCUUACCGGGCUUAUUUGGGCUAUUUAGCGAUGGAUAUGCUUCAUACAAAUGCUGUUUUGAAGUGUUUUCUGACCAUCAUUCAAUCAGCUAUCGAGGAAGUUUAUAAUUCAACAAUGGAAUACAUCAACAAUCUGGAAUCGACUGAAAUCCUCGACAACCAUACUGCCAUUGAAAUCGAUGCAUAUGAAAAAUACUUCCAAUGCUCAAACAGCAUAGACUCCGAAAACGGACGAAUCCCGGGCUAUUCUUACGCAGUGUUUCUCAAGUGGAUGAUGAUUCCUUGCGCAGUUAUUUACCUUCUCUUCCUUUUUUCUACCGUUCGAGUGCGUCUCUGGCCAAAUUUCCUCUGGGGCCGCCCUGGAAUGCCUGAAACUCUCGACACGCUGCACUCUGAAAAUACUAGAAUUCAUAGAAUCAUCAAAAUCGCUAUUUUCAUGGUGAUGGCUGACACAACCUGCAGAAUGUCCGUCGAUCCAAGGACAAUAUUCGUACCGAGUUUUCCUGGCUUCAAUCCUCAAGAAAUGAACUACACACUUUUACGAUUGUACAUCAUGGCUUUCUACAGCUUCUUAUACGCACCGCUAGUAAUGUCAGUGCCGAGAUUCGACUUGCUUGGUUUCUCCUUUGGAAGUUUCUAUACGUACACUUUUCUGGCCAACAUGAUCGUCCGAGAUAUCGACUGCUUCUCAAGCACAGUUGUUCUUGAAUACAUCAUUCUCCAGUACAUAGGCUGGCUGAUCCUCUGCUUGACGCAGUCAUACGCGAACAUGGUCUUCUGGUUCAACUGCUUCGAACGACGAGUAGAACGGAGGCUCUCCUGGCUAAGCAUUUCCUCGAUUCAUUCCGAAGUCCGAAAACAACAUGGGAUCACUGCCUGGUUUCUUGGAAAAGUAGAUAAUUGGACAGCAAAGGCCAAGGCCACUUUUGUCGGUCGAUUUCAAGACAGCUACGAUUACAAAUACGUCCAGAGCUUGUUCAGAAAGCCUUCUGAUGAAGAAUACAAGCCGAAAAAUUGCUGUUGUAAAUACUGGUGCUGCUGUUGUGCGAACUGGUGGCGGAAGAAGGUUUACGACGGACAAAGCUUCUUCAGAUUUCAUAAUCGAGUGAUUUCCUCAGUCAUCUGCGGCUAUUUCGGAUUGGUGAUCAUGUUCUUUGCGAUCAAUCAGUCAAUCAUUCCCUUUUUGACAAAUAUCAGUCAGAGCUCGGAGAACAUGUAUGCAGUGGCAGUAACUUUGGCUAGUUUUAUCGAACCACAAAGCAUUUUCAACGAAACAGCGAUGAAGAUGUACGUCGACUGUGCUGAUCAGUACAUCAAAGCUUUUACAUAUUCGUUCACGGCAUCAUCUGCUCUCGCCACGGCAUUUACCUGGUGGUCGACUUGGAGUUUCUUAAACAAUCACAAGCGACAGUUUCUUGCUCUCAGGCAAGGAAAACUAAAAAUUCCAGAAGAUUGUACCCCACAACUGCAGCUCACAGGUUCUUUAAAGUUUCAGGCUUAUCAAGCCGCCUACUUGACUUGGGGAUAUGCAGUUCAACUCUUUGCCUUCUGGCUGAUUAUGUUGCUCGUUGCAUGGCUAGUCUGGAUUCCUGUCACUUUCCCGAUUGUUCCAAUUAGAGACUUUUGGAUCUACAUUCUCUUUGAGUACAUUCCAAGUUUCUUUUGGAUCUUUGUUGUUCUCAUUUUGCAAUGGGUUCUGGCCAAAUACAUCGUUCUUCAAGACCCGGAAGUGGACGCUUCUAUUGAUAACAGAAGAGUUUAUAAUAUUUCUUCUUAUCUUUUCUAUUUCAAUAACAUGUUCAUCGGAUGGAGCUCGUUACUGCUUCGCCUUGGAUAUGGAAUUCUCUUCGGUCUUUUGGCUAUUCAACGAAUGGAUGUUCCAUCUCUUCCUAGUCAUACAGAAGCAUGGGAUGCAGCUUACCGGGCUUAUUUGGGCUAUUUAGCGAUGGAUAUGCUUCAUACAAAUGCUGUUUUGAAAUGUUUUCUGACCAUUAUUCAAUCAGAAUCAAAAAAGACGAAAGAUCCAGCAAGUCGAAAAGCCAAAAUCCGAUGGCAUUUGGCUUACUCUUUGAUUUGCAAUGAAGAGUUGAGGUUGACAAGAGCUCAUGCAAAACGGUUACUUCUGAAACGACUUUUGCUUGAUCAGAAAAUUUUGGAAGAGGAAGCAAAAGCCGAGAAUUCGAGACUCAACAAGCUUGUUAGGAAAGUAAGAGGGGAUUCAAAGGUCAUUCCAGUGUCAGAAAAAGUCGUCGAUGGAAUCAAGGAUGAAGUAUCUUCCGUUAUCUCCAGGAGCUCUUCAAAAUACACGCCACGAGAAUUUCUUACGCCUGUUAAUAUCCCGUCCCAAAGCUCAUUAGCACUUCCAAAUGAUGAUUUCACAAACCUCCGAAUCCGAGUAUCUCAGAGCGAAUCGAUCCGUCAAGUUUCCACUAAAGAAAGCGAACUAUAA